GCGCAUGCCUACCAGAGGAGGAAGUGUGUGUAGCAGCCGGGGAAGGGCUUCAGUUCAGCUCCAGCAGAGACACCUUCCAGACACGGACAUGGACUUUCGACGUUAGCUACAAUUAGGUCGGACGGGGCAGUACAGAAGAAGAGUUCGUUUGUAGCGUGACAGCAACAUUUAACAGUUCUACAAAAUGAUGCGUUUCAUGCUGCUGUUCAGCCGGCAGGGGAAGCUGCGACUACAAAAGUGGUACACAGCCACAGCUGAGCGUGACAAGAAGAAGAUGGUCAGGGAGCUGAUGCAAAUAGUGCUUGCUCGCAAACCAAAGAUGUGCAGUUUUCUAGAAUGGAGAGACCUCAAGAUUGUCUAUAAAAGGUAUGCCAGCCUAUAUUUCUGUUGCGCAAUUGAAGAGCAAGACAAUGAGCUGAUCACACUGGAAGUCAUCCACCGCUUCGUAGAGCUGCUUGAUAAGUACUUUGGCAGUGUGUGUGAACUGGACAUCAUCUUUAACUUUGAGAAGGCCUACUUCAUUUUAGAUGAGUUCCUGAUGGGAGGAGAGAUACAGGACACGUCUAAGAAGAGUGUACUUAAAGCCAUUGAACAAGCUGACCUGCUGCAGGAGGAGGACGAAUCACCGAGAAGCGUAUUGGAGGAGAUGGGAUUGGCAUAGUGCACAGCAGGGUUGUGUGAGACUAUAGAAACAAGGCAGGGGGCGGCACCGUCUAGGAAGAAACAUGCUUGAGUCUGUGUAUUUGCCUGUCUUUGGGGACUGAUGAACAGUGUUUCACUGGGGAAGAGACUCUACCCAGUUGACAGGCCCUUUAAGUGUGUGUGUGUGUGUGUGUGUGUGCGUGCGUGUUUGUGUGUGCGUGUGCACACGCGCAAUAUCUAAGUGUGGGGUUAUGGAAAUUGGCAAUGUUUAAAUUUUUUUGUGUGGCUACAGCAGAGUUGUGUGCUCAUAUUUUGAAAGGAGUGGAAAGGAGCUGGCAGAAGAGAGAACCCCACAGUGGAUGCAGAUGUUUGUGUCAUAAUGAGGCAGAUUUGCAGUUUGAUAGAGGUUUUAUGCAAAAAGCUGGUUGGACAGGCACAUGCUGUCAUUAAGGUUUGUUGGGUACUACAUUAGAACUGAAACUUGGUCAGGAAUUUGGUAAUAAGACUGAAAAAAAUACCCAGUGCUGUAAAACUGAACGAGCACAUGACCACUACAAGCACAUCAGCAGAGCUUGAAUCAGAGAACCAGGUCUUACUAUGUGUUUGCUGGGUAAUAUUUUUAGCAUUCACCUUCAUUAUCAGUUAUAAUUUAGAUAAUAUGGCAGCUCCAAUGGCUUCAGUUGUUGUCUUGUGCAUUAGAUUUAAAACCAUGUACUGUCAUGGUGUUCUCAGAUCUUUCCGGUAAAGAUGUAAGUAUAACAUUAUGAUAAUCAAUAUUUUGAGGGCCAGGUUAAAUGAAAUUAGACUUGUUUUUGGUUUUUAUGGCUCCACUCUGACAUUGUUCUUGUUACACCCUAAUCCAGAGGUGCUGUCAAAGUAUUUCUGUCAGUAUGUCAUAUUUAUUUCAGCUGUAUUUUAAAGUUUGCCCUGUUUGGGAUUUCUUCCUUUAUUUUUGAUUGGCCCAUCUUACUGAACUCAAAGGUAAUAAAGUGCAUCGUGAAUAGUGAGCCAAACACAGUUGAGAUUUGCACCGCAGCCUAAAACAGCUUGUUUACAUAUGAACCAUCUUUAUGUCCUGUAAGUGGGCCUAUGUACCUGAUGACAAUGAAAUUCUGAGUUUGUCUUAUGCAGUUUUAUUAAGUGCAUCAAAGAGUCACAUCCCACUUAGUUUCCCUCCUUACAGCAGGAAACACUGAGAUGGAAUGAAAAGCAGCACAGAUGAGUGUUGGACCUUCACAUUGUUCUGUUGGUACUACAAACUGGUACUGCAUGUUAGGAAGGGAUUGAAGGUACAAGCAAAUAGAAUCAACUGGCUUUUAGACAAAUGCAUUUUACUAUUCGAUACACAUUUUUACAGUGCUUUAAUAUUUGAAUGUGGGUAAAUUUUAUGUCUGUUUAAAUGCCAGUAGAAUGGUUUAGGCAGAAUGAGCAAUGGCAGCUCAGGUAACACAAAUCAGUAAAGAAUUUUUUAGCUGUUUAGGGGUGGAACAGUUGCACAGUCAUGUUGGGUCUUUAGGUUAAGAAUUAGGGUGUGGCUUGUCGGUCUAGCUCAGUUUCUUAAUGAACUGAAAUGAUGCCUCAGACUUAACUUGCCUUCAGUUUGAUUUAGUUCAGAUGAGCUUGUCAUCAGGCAUAUCAUUUCAUCUAAACAAGUGGGGGUAUCGUUUCUGGAAAAUGUAUGGUCUGCCAAAUGCACAAACAUCUUGCAUUUAUGCUUGCAAAAUUGUGGUUUGAUAGUAUCUUAUUGAAUCACAGUACAGAGCUGACUCCUCGACACAUCCAGAUUCCUUUUUGUUCUUCUUUCUAGCUACUUACUCAAAUACUGAAAGUCCUGAGUCGUCUCUGUAGCUGAAACUGUACUGAACUGAAAUGUUGGCUCUUAUGCUAGUGAAAGUUCACUGAGAUCUCCAAAUUCCUGAAAUUGAUGUGGCAUGACCAGUUCGAUUAGGUGAGAUUACUCACUAUUCUGUUUUCUUUGCUGAACUGCAAAAACACCCGGCCUUCUGGUGACACUAGAGUGAUGUCUUACGAUUUUUGACUGACUACUGUUCCCAGUUUUUAGAGAGCACAUCCAUUUUACAAGCAAAUUUAAUUUAGAAGUUACACAAUUAUUAUUAAUUAGUUACAGUUACCAUCAAUGUUUGUCACCUUAAUAGCAGAGAAAAAAAAUAUCCACCAGACCUAGCUCUACUCACAUGUACAUAUUCUCCUUAGCACCUAUACCAGGGUUAGAGCUGAUAAUACAGAGUGGAUAUGUGAAAUGUUCCACACCUGGUACUUAGUCUUAAACUGGUGUGUGAGCUGUGGUGUGUUUGUACUGUAUAUUGUUACUUCAUAAAAAGCUGUGGACAGAAUUAAUUUGUUGAUUAUAUUAUUAAAAUUUGAAGGGUAUGUCUAAAAGCUCA